UGCCUCUCCCUCCCCGCUCACUCGUGGAACCACAGAGGCAGGAGCCGCUCUGGCUGGACAGUGCUGAAGAGUAGCGUAAGUGGGGGGGGUUUUGGCUUAGCAGUGGCGAGGAUGCGCUCUUGAGGCUGAUCCGAGUUGUUUGGCGCCGUUCCCCCGCUCUGUACCGCACUGUUUGUGUUCCGAAGGAUGAAGAAGUGAAUCAGUCAUCGCAGUCAUGGCUGUCCAGACCGGCAUCCAGGUGUGGUUCGGCGAGAAGUUUGACGCCCCCUUGCUGAGCCCCCGGAGCCCUCGCAGCCCGUUGGCGCAGCGGCACGGCCCCGGCCUCGCGGACGUCUUCCAGUAUGACCAGUGGCUGGCAGUGCGGCACGAGGCCAACCUGGUGCCCAUGCAGGAGGAUCUCGCCAUCUGGCUCACCGGCAUGCUGGGGGAGGAGGUGCGAGCAGAGUUUUUCAUGGAGGAGCUGAACAACGGCGUGAAGCUGUGCCAGCUUAUCGGCGUGCUGCAGACCAAGAUCGCCCAGAGCUGCCCCUCCGCGCUCGGCAAGCUGUUCCCCACGAGGAAGGUGGCGUGUAAGCGCGACGCCUCCCCGGGUUCCUUCUUCGCCCGCGACAACACGGCCAACUUCCUGGCCUGGUGUCGACUUAUCGGUGUGGAGGAGACGUACCUGUUCGAGUCGGAGGGCCUCGUGCUGCACAAGGAGCCUCGGCAGGUUUGUCUCUGUCUGCUGGAGAUCGGCCGCAUCGUCUCCAAGUACGGCGUGGAGCCCCCGGUGCUCGUCAAGCUGGAGAAGGAGAUCGAGCUGGAGGAGACGCUGCUGCGGACGGAGGAGCCCCCGCCGGCCGUCAAGACCUUCAGCGUGUGCUGCCAGCACGGCGGCCUCUACCAGCCCGGAGAGCACGGCAUGGACGACCCGCCCUGCAACUGCUCCAACAGGGUUUCUAUUGAGUACCUGUCUGAGGGACGCUACAGACUGGGGGACAAGACCAUCUUUAUCAGGAUGCUUCAUGGUAAACAUGUGAUGGUGCGUGUCGGCGGCGGCUGGGACACGCUGCGGGGUUUCCUGACCAAGUACGACCCUCUGCGAGUGCUGCAGUUCACCACUCUGGAGCAGAAGAUCCUGGCUUUUCAGAAAGGUCCCCCCGGACUGGGAGGUCACCACGGCAACGCAGCUCCCCCUCCUCCACCUCCAGACAUGGACCCCCUCGCCGCCGUCAACGACCUCAUCUCCUCCUCGUCCUCCUCCUCUUCCUCCUCCGCGUCCUCGUCUUCCUCCCUCUCUGGCUCGGCCUGUAAGCAGACGCCUGCGGGUCAGGUGGGUCGGCUCCACGCCGCCUCUCCGGCCUGCACGCCCACGCUGCCCAGGAAAGGUGCAAUGGCGGCAGCCAAGAAGAACCUCCAGAUGCCGCCUUCCUCCCCGAGGAAGCCCACCCAGCUGCCCCUGCCCAUCGUCUCCAAAGGCUCCUCCUCUUUGCCCUCAACGCCUGUGGGGAGCUCCUCCAAACUGUCUCCCAGUUCAGGGUGUCAGGGAGGGCACGUCUACCGCAGAGCUCUGACUCCAACAUCAGCUCCAUCAUCUGUCGCCACUGAUCCAACUCCCGCCUCCAAACUGAAGCUCAGACCGUCGCCACGCGGUACUGCCGCUCAGCCCAGGAGCCCCGUCUGCCCGGAGCCAUCCUCCAAACUCCCCAAACCCUCCAGCCCCUGCGCCUCACCCACCUCCACUGUGCCUCGCCCCGUCACUGCACCAGCACGGGCACCCACCCCUAAAGAUGCCCGCCCCCCAACGGGCGCCAGCCAGCGCUCUCGCCUUGCACAGCGCCGCCCCGGCUCCCCGGCCUCACGCCUCCGACUAGAGGCAGCCAGGCGAGCGCGGACAGCCACGCGAGCCGCAGCUGCAACGAGCGCAAGAGCGGCGACGCCACAGUCCCUCACCCCCUCCUCCAGCUCACGGACAGCCUCCCCGGCGCCGCCAAAACCCACCAGCUCCUUGCCAAAGGGCAAAGAGGCCAAAGCCAAGGGGCCGGCCCCCACCAAGGCUGCCGCCCCUCCACGAGGUACCGCUGCUGUCCCCGGGCGGGUCCCAGGGGGCGCCACCGGCCCCUCUUCCUCCAGCAAAGCCAAUCAGAAAACACCAGCCACAGCUCAGACAGCUGGGCGAAAGCAAGCCGCCGCCACGACUAACCCCACCAACGCAAAGUCAACUCUAAAAGCCGAACCUCCUCCAGGACGAGCCGCGGCCCCGCCGAGAUCCAGCCCCAACGUGAGGGCCGCCAAGGCCGAGCCCGGCGUCGGCACGAAGACCCCACAGUGCAAGGCCAAAAGGGAGGAGCCUUAUUUUGAAAUGAAUAAUAGGAGGCGGCAGAGGACGUAAGAGGGCGUCCUGGGAAAGACUUUGCCAAAACCACAAGGCUGGUGACACGGCUCCUCCUCUCAAACCAGCACUUGUUGGAGCUCGGACUCUUUCGAACAAACAAACAAAUUAACGUUUGUCAAUAAUUGUCGUUACAAAGCUUAUCUCUUAAAACUUUUUAUUUUUUGUCUGCAAAUUAAUUUUUGUCGGUUGAUGAUUUUUCUGUGUUAUUUAAUAGUCUUUUAUUUUUCUAAUCCAAAAGGGUCAAAGAUGUCACGUGUUUGUUUUUGGUGACGAAUUAACUGUCUUUCUUUCUUUUCUUUCUUUCUUUCUUUUCUUUUCCGAUAAAAAAACGACAACUUGCACAAUGUUUACAUUUCCACCUGCGUUACACGUACAGCCGUUACAUUUUAUUUGUGUGACUUUUAAACAACAACAGACGUUUGUAGAAUAUUCACCUCCAGCGUUUUUUUAUCCAGCGAGGCCACAGGACACAGCCAUGGCGCACUUAGGUGAACUUUUUAUUGCCGUGUUUUCUCCAUGUUACCAAACUUGUUGUUUUUUUUUGUGACACAACUGGAACACAAAUCAUUCUUUUCCCCUCCCCAGUGAGAACAGGCUUUCCACUGGUGGGGGGGGGUCAGUUACACUUUUUUAAAAAUUAUGUUUGUUUAAAUGACAAUAUCCUGGUGGUGACGUUUGUCCCGAUGGCGCCGUGCGACGCGUCAUCGGGAAGCGGUCCUCUCCCGUCGUGUGCCUUCAUCAGAAACCCCCCUCUCUUGUUUCUGAGCGGCAUUAGAAUGUAUUAGACGAUGUUUUGGGGGUUGGGGGGGGAUUGGUGGUGGGUGGGCCGGGGUGUUUCAUGGUUGUAAGUGAUGAAAAUUGCACAGUGCGUACGAGCACUCAUGACUAUACAGUUUCUCAGAAGCUUCAGAUGAACUACUGAUCAAACGCCUCUUCUUCUUUUCUUCUUUUAACCCUCACGCGGUCGUUCAGAGGCCAAACUCAUUUAAAAGCAGAAUCUACUCGGUGUAGACUUUUUAUAUGGUUUCUAAAUGUGUGUGUGUGUGUGAGUUAAAUAAAUCUAGUUUUCUAUGUGGUGUGUGUGUGUGUGUGUGUGUGCGUAUGUAUGUGUGUGUGUGUGUGUGUGUAUACAGUACAUUAUCAAUGAGGCUUUGUUUUUUCUUAUUUGGCACUUUACUCUGUGUUCUGUCACAUUUUUGAAUGUUGAUUCUGUCGAUUGUGUCUCUUGUUCCUUUCUGUCGUUUUGAUUAAUAAAUGGACAAGUGUAUUAAACAGGAAA